CAUUCCUGCCGAUUCGAGUAACUACCAAAUUGAGCCUUUGUGUAUCGAUGCUGGAUUCUUCACAAAUUCUAUAAUUUUUAUCCAAAUACCAGGCAACCCCUUUUGAAAAUGAUUCGCAAGUUCGUGGCCCAGCUGCUCUAUGGAACGGCCCUUCUGACCCCGAUGCUGGUGACUCCCACGGUCACCCUGCAGCUGCACUUGGGCAGCCAGGAGUCGGCCACGGCGACGUUCCACUACGCGGGAUUCCUGUGUCCCGCCGCCGUGUGCCUGGUGCUGACCGCCAUGGCGAUGUCGCCCUACCUGGUCAUCCUGAAGCGCUGGCAGCCGAAGCACCCGAGGAUUUUCUUCCUGGCAAUGCUGCUGCCCUACAUCCUGGUUUGCUGCACCAGGUUCGUGCUCAACGUGAGGCUGGAGCUGCAUGCGAUCUUCCACGUGUCGGAUGAAAGCCGCCAGAACCACCUGAUGUUCUCCUUGGCCAUGUACUGUGGCAUGUUUGGCUUGGCUGUGGAACUGAUGCUCCACUGGAUCGUUGUCUACUACUUAAUGGUUGAGGACAUGGCACUUAGCGGACAGUUGCGGAACUACAGACCAUGUCAAGACCACACCUAUCGCACGGGAGCGGUACUACUGACCUUGCUAAAGUUGUCAAGGCACCAUUUUAUGCCCGAAUUGUUUCAGUGCAAUGGGCGACUGGAACAAGAAGUCAAAUGUAAUUGGUGGUGGCCUGACCUCUUGACCCGUCAACUCCUAAAUUCCCCCUGGCUCCUUCCCCCCCUGCCACCCUGGACGUCCAAUAAACACAUGCGAGUGCCAACCAGUUUGCAGUUUCGAUUACAGUCCAGCCGACUUUGGGCCAACAGCUUAGGGGAUACUUCACCGCCUCUUAAGUCAACCAGAGUGGCCAUCGGUGAGUGGGAGGAAUUCGAAACCCUUUUUGGAGGGGUCAUCACCGUCGAAACAUAACUUAAUAUAAUGGAUAUGGAGAAAAUAUAAUGCGACACUGAUUACACCAGAACGGUUGCCUGAUUGAAGUCCGCAUUAAUUAAAUUACCUUACAAGCAAUUGCCUCUGAAACUCUGAAUGUUAACUAUUUGAAAAUUAAUGCGGAGCUGCUGGGGGAGCCGAGUGGAGUUGAGGGGGCGUUAAUGGCGUGGGGCGGUGCAACGUGACCUGUCAGUCGUUGACAUAUUGACUCAUCAAUUGCAGGCUAACAGCUUUGACAAUAGUCGAAGCGGUAAUGACAAUUGCCAGCCCCAAGACGAGCCCGCAAACCCACCAACUGUCAGCGAAGGGACAGAAGCUGGGCUCUAGGACACUCCGGAAAAUUAGGUGUCU